AUGAAGACUACAUGGAAGGAUAUUGCGCCUGUGCCUACCAGCCAGGAAUUCCUCGAUAUUGUCCUGAGUCGCACUCAGCGCCAACUACCCACUCAGAUUCGUGCUGGCUUCAAGAUUAGCCGUAUCAGAGGUUUCUAUACCCGUAAGGUAAAGUUCACCCAGGAGACCUUCUGCGAGAAGUUCCAGGCCAUUCUCGAUGGAUUUCCUCGUCUGCAAGAUAUUCAUCCUUUCCACAAGGAUUUGAUGAACACUCUUUACGAUGCCGACCAUUUCCGUAUCGCUCUCGGUCAGGUUUCCACAGCCAAGCACCUGAUCGAAACUGUUUCCCGAGACUACGUCCGUCUCAUCAAGUAUGCGCAAUCCUUGUUCCAGUGCAAGCAGCUUAAGCGUGCCGGUCUUGGUCGCAUGGCCACCAUUUGCCGUCGCCUGAAGGAUCCUCUCGUCUACUUGGAGCAGGUUCGCCAGCAUUUGGGUCGUCUGCCCGCUAUUGACCCCAACACCCGCACUCUUCUGAUCUGCGGAUACCCCAACGUCGGAAAGUCCAGCUUCCUGCGCAGCAUCACCCGCGCCGAUGUUGAUGUUCAGCCCUAUGCUUUCACCACUAAGUCUCUGUUCGUCGGUCACUUCGAUUACAAGUACCUGCGCUUCCAGGCUAUUGACACCCCUGGAAUUCUCGACCACCCUCUGGAGGAAAUGAAUACUAUUGAAAUGCAGUCGAUCACUGCCGUGGCCCAUUUGCGUUCCGCUAUCCUGUACUUCAUGGAUCUUUCCGAGCAGUGCGGUUACUCCGUCGCGGAUCAGAUUAAGCUUUUCCACAGCAUCAAGCCCUUGUUCGCCAACAAGAUUGUUUACAUUGUCGUUAACAAGAUCGAUGUUCGCCGCCCUGAGGACCUCGAUCCUGAGCAACAGCAGGAACUGCAGGAAAUUCUGAAGUCUGGCGAUGUGGAGAUGCUCCAAGUCUCGUGCACCACUACCGAGGGUGUUACCGCAGUGAAGAACGCCGCUUGCGACAAAUUGCUUGCGGAGCGUGUUGCCCAGAAGCUCAAGGCCGGCAGUAACAGUGCCGGUACUCCUGGUGGCCGUCUCGGCGAUGUUCUGGCCCGUAUCCACGUCGCCCAGCCUAUGGGCGGUGUGCGUGAAACCUUCAUUCCCGAGGCCGUUAAGAACCUUAAGAAAUACGAUAAAAAUGACCCCAACCGCCGCAGACUCGAGCGUGACUUGGAAGAGGAGAACGGCGGUGCCGGUGUCUACAGCUUCGAUAUGCAGCGUGAUUACACAUUGGCCAACGAUGAGUGGAAUCACGAUAAGAUUCCUGAGGUGUGGAACGGCAAGAACAUCUACGACUUUGUGGACCCCGAUAUUGAGGCCAAGCUGGCCGCUCUGGAAGAGGAGGAAGAGAAGCUGGAGGCAGAUGGAUAUUACGAAUCCGAGGAGAGCGUUGAGGAUGCUGAGGAUGCCGAUAACCGUAUGAAGGCAGAGCUGAUCCGCGAAAAGCGUGUUCUGAUGCGCAACGAGGCCAAGAUGCGCAAGUCACUCAAGAACCGUGCCCAGAUUCCCCGCAGUGCCAAGUCCAAGAAGCUCUCCCAAAUGGAGCGUGCUCUGGACUCAGCUGGUUAUGACGUGGAUGCUGCCGGUGCCCGUGCCCGCUCGCAGAGCCGUGGUCGCGCUCCCACUCGGAGCGAGCCCCAAGACGGUGACGCCAUGGAUCUUGACGAUCCUUCCCGGUCCAUGUCUCGCGCUAAGAGCCGUGCUCGCAGCCAGGCAGCUACUGAUCGUCGUAACGAUGGUGUUCCUGAUGAGGUCAACCGUACCAAGGCUGAGCGCAUGUUCAAGUUGGGACAGAAGCAGAUGAACCGCAUGGCACGUGCCGGUGAGGCUGAUCGACACACCACCGCCUCUCUCCCCAAACAUUUGUACACCGGCAAGCGCAGCAUUGGCAAGAACCAACGUCGUUAG